AUGAAUAUAUUUAAGAAAUAUGAAGAAAUGUCUAAAAUAUAUAGUAAUAUUCAUAGUGUAAUUGAUACGUUUUUUGUUAAUAAUGGAUUUAGUGUUGGAAAAAUUGUUUGGACUAAAUAUAAUUAUGAUGGUAUGUAUUGGCCUGGAAGAAUAACAUCUAAACCAAAUAAUUUACAAUAUCAAUCAUGGUCAUAUUUUGUUCAAUUUUCUGGAUGCCACCAAACAAAUCGGACAAUGGAUGAUUUAUCAUACAAAUAA